GGCGCAUUGGGCAUGCGGCGGGACAGGUCCAUUGCGGAGGGCGGGAUCGGGCGCCGCCGGAGAGCCGCAUGGAUGGAAAGCAAGAGCGCCCCGCCCAGUCCUCCCCUGCGGUUGGUAGCGCCCCGCUCGAAGCGGCGGCGGCGGUGGCGGAGCGGGGCGGUGGCGCUGGGCCGGGUGUGCCGGUGGCUCUUCCCUGCGCCAUGAGGCAUCUGCCGUACUUCUGCCGCGGGGAGGUGGUGAAGGGCUUCGGCAGGGGCUCCAAGGAGCUGGGCAUCCCCACCGCUAACUUUUCUGAGCAAGUGGUUGAAAGCUUUCCACCUGAUAUCUCUACUGGUAUAUACUAUGGAUGGGCCUGUGUUGGAAACGGAGAUGUGCAUAAAAUGGUUUUGAGCAUAGGAUGGAACCCUUUCUAUAGGAAUACUAAGAAAUCAGUGGAAACACAUAUUAUCCACACCUUCAAGGAGGACUUUUAUGGAGAAAUUCUUAGUAUAGUCAUAGUUGGAUAUAUUCGACCGGAAAAAAACUUUGAUUCCUUAGAGGCACUCAUUUCAGCAAUUCAGGAAGACAUUGAAGAAGCAAAAAGACAGCUAGAUUUGCCAGAGCAUCUUAAACUCAAAGAAGAUAACUUCUUUCAUCUGCCGGAAGGCAAAAUAGGAAACAACCACUGAGGAAACCAA